AUGGAAGGAUUGAUCAAAGGUAUUCUCGAUGUAGCUAUCGGAGGAAACGAACGUCGCGACGGUGGUGGUAAUAAUGAUGAUGAAGGGAACUCGAGAUCUAGAUCUACCUGGGCCAAUGUGGUUUCCGGUGAGGAGGAUGAUCAGAAUCGCGUCGGAGGAUCGUCGCCUCACGGCCGUCAACGCCAGAAUUCAGAGGAGAAUCAAUGGGAGAAAAAGGAAGAAAGGACGUCCACUAGGCGUCCACAUAAGGAGCACCAGGAAGAGAAUACCUAUGCGGCUAAAGUAACCGAGCAACAAAGCUUCUCGGAGAAUCAGGCAGGAGACAAUGACGGCUGGGAAACUGUGGGGAAAAAGAAACCUGCAAGGCAAACGCAUAAGGUCCAGAAGGAGCAGUGGCAAGAGUAUAAACGCCCAACAAGCGAGCAACACUUCUCGGACGAUGUUGAAGCUCACGGAGAACUAGAACCCUCACAGCUAGAGCUUUCAGGUCUCUCGGAAGCUUGCAACAAACUGUGGGAGCUCGAUUCAAACCGCCUUGUCCCUGGAAACGAUUAUCAAAUCGAUUGCGGAGAUGGGAAAAGGGUUCAUGAGAGAACAGAUAUGGCUGAAGGAUUACUAUUCUCCUGGGUGAACGACGACGUCUUUAGAAGACCGACUUUCGGCAGGUUUUGUGCGUUGCUUGAUAACUAUAACCCAAAUGAAGGUUACAAAGAAGUAGUCACAGAAGAAGAGAGGCAAGAGCAAGCGGCUUUCAUCGAAGAAAUUAGCAGAACCGCUCCAAUUAAGUACCUUCACAAGUACCUUGUGCUAAAGGACAUUGCUCCUGAAAGCUACCAAGAGUUUAAGAGAAUGCUGACAAGUCUCUGGUUCGAUCUAUAUGGCCGUGGAGGUUGUAGUGGUUCGUCUUCUGCGUUUGAGCAUGUCUUUGUAGGUGAGAUCAAACAAACUGGAGGGGAACAAGUCUCUGGCUUCCAUAACUGGCUUCAGUUUUACCUGCAAGAAGCCAAAGGAAAUGUAGAUUACCAAGGCUACAUAUUUCCCCGACGUCGCGGUGCAAUUCCUGAUUCAGAGACUCAGCUGCUAACGAUCCAAUUCGAGUGGAACGGUGUUCUAAAAUCCGUCUCAAGCACACUAGUUGGAGUAAGUCCAGAGUUUGAGUUGGCACUCUACACAAUGUGUUUCUUCAUGGGAAGAGAAGAAAACCACAUUCAGUUGGGUCCAUACAAUGUCAAUGUCAAAUGUUACCGCCUCGGCAACAACCGUAUCGGCUCAGCUUUCCCCAUAGCAGAAUCUUGA